AUGGCUGAUAUUAACGUCGAAGAGGUCCUCAAGAAGUUGUCUCUCGCUGAGAAGGUCUCUCUUCUUGCAGGAAUUGACUUCUGGCAUACAAAGGCACUCCCAGAGUAUGGCGUCCCAUCUCUCCGCUUAUCAGAUGGCCCCAACGGUGUAAGAGGCACCAGAUUCUUCAAUGGAAUCCCGGCAGCAUGCUUUCCCUGCGGUACCGGUCUCGGUGCAACCUUCAACCAAGAAUUACUUGAAGAAGCAGGAAAGAAGAUGGGCGAAGAGGCAAUUGGAAAGAGUGCUCAUGUCAUCCUCGGCCCUACCAUCAACAUGCAACGUUCGCCUCUUGGAGGACGUGGUUUCGAGUCUAUAGGCGAGGACCCCUUUCUCGCUGGUCUGGGUGCAGCUGCGCUUGUUCGCGGAAUCCAGAGCACAGGUGUUCAAUCAACAAUCAAGCAUUUCGUAUGCAACGACCAAGAACACAAGCGCAUGAGCGUCCAGGCUAUCAUCACAGAGCGUGCACUCCGUGAGAUCUACGCUCUUCCCUUCCAGCUGGUUGUGAGAGACUCACAGCCGGGUGCGUUCAUGACUUCUUACAACGGUGUCAACGGAACUUCUUGCAGCGAGAGCAAGAAGCUUCUGAACGACAUGUUGCGCGAAGAAUGGGGUUGGGAGGGUCUGAUUAUGAGUGAUUGGUACGGCACAUACAGCGUCACGGACGCCAUCAAGGCUGGCCUUGAUCUUGAGAUGCCUGGACCUACUCGCUGGCGAGGCGACGUCCUCAACUUUGCAGCUGCUUGUGAGAAGGUUUGGGGUCAUGUUAUUGAUGACCGCGCCCGAGAGGUCCUCAAGUUUGUCAAGAAGUGCGCUGCCUCUGGUGUCAAGGAAAACGGCCCUGAGAAGACACUCGAUACCCCCGAGACAGCCGCUCUUCUCCGCAAGAUAGGAAACGAGAGUAUCGUUCUCCUCAAGAAUGAGAAGAGCCUACUUCCGUUGGCAAAGGAUAAGAAGACAUUGGUCAUUGGACCCAACGCCAAGGUUGCGACUUAUCACGGCGGUGGCUCUGCCUCUCUAGCUGCCUACUACGCUGUGACACCCUACGAUGGCAUCGCCGAAAAGCUCGGUAGCCAGCCCGCUUACACUAUCGGCGCAUACACACAUAAGCUGAGCCCUCUACUGGGAAGCCAGACUAAGGGUGAGGACGGAAAGGCUGGUAUGAGCUGGAAGGUGUACAACAAGCCACCGAGCGACUCAUCCCGCAAGCCCGUCGACGAGCUGUGGCUCGCCAAGUCGGAAAUGCACCUCGUAGACUACUACAACUCUGAGCUCGAGGAUCUCUGGUUCGCAAACCUAGAAGGCGUUCUAGAAGUCGAUGAGGAUUCCACGUACGAGUUUGGCGUCAUCGUUUGCGGAACUGCCAACCUCUACGUCAACGACGAGCUUGUCGUCGAUAACUCGACCAAGCAAAUCGCCGGCGACGCAUUCUUCGGCACAGCUACACGGGAAGAGCUCGGUCGCAAAGACCUAAAGAAGGGCGAGAAGUAUAAGAUCAGAAUUGAGUUUGCCUCGGCCCCAAGCUUCACCCUCAAGCUGGACAACCCCGUCGUCGGCCACGGGUCUCUUCGCGUCGGCGCAUCAAAGGUGAUCGAUGCGAAGCAGGAAAUCGAGCGAUCUGUCGCUCUCGCUAAGGAGCAUGAUCAGGUCAUUAUUUGUGCUGGUCUCAACUCGGACUGGGAGACGGAGGGCUCCGACCGUGAGAGCAUGAAGCUUCCCGGAGCUCUGGAUGAACUCAUUUCCGCUGUCGCAGCCGCGAAUCCGCAGACGGCUGUUGUUAUGCAGACUGGCACGCCGGAGGAGAUGCCCUGGCUGGAUGAAGUCCCUGCUGUGAUCCAGGCGUGGUAUGGUGGUAACGAGACGGGUAACUGCAUUGCGGACAUUCUCUUCGGCGAUGCAAACCCAUCUGGCAAGCUAUCCCUGAGCUUCCCCAAGCGCUUAACCGAUGUCCCAGCAUUCCUUAAUUUCCGAACUGAAGCCGGGCGAACACUUUAUGGUGAGGAUGUCUACAUGGGAUAUCGAUACUAUGAGUUUGCCGACCGUGAAGUCAACUUCCCCUUCGGCCACGGUCUCUCAUACACCACUUUUGCCUUCUCCGACCUCAACGUUUCCUGCAAGGAUGGCAAGCUCACCACAAGCGUUAUCAUAAAAAACACAGGUUCAGUACGCGGUGCAGAAGUUGCGCAGCUUUACGUGCGCCCAAUGCAAGCUGCCAAGGUGAACCGUCCUGUCAAGGAGCUCAAGGGCUUUGCCAAGGUUGAGCUGGAUGCUGGCGAGUCCAAGACGGUGACUAUCUCUGAGCUGGAGAAGUACGCUGCUGCUUACUUUGAUGAAGAGAAGGACAAGUGGUGUGUUGAGGCUGGUGAGUACGAGGUUAUUAUCAGUGAUAGUAGUGCUGUGACCGAUAAGGCACUCAAGGGCUCGUUCAAGGUCGACGAGACAUACUGGUGGUCUGGUAUUUGA